AUGAGUCGCCGCUACUCCUUUGGUUCCGACGCUGGCGAGAACGCCCCCCUCGACAAUCCAAGCGCUCCCGCUCCCUACCUGUCUGCCGCUCAUUCCAGACCUCCUCCGGCUCCCUCCUCCCAUCAUUCCUCCCCGACACGAAAUCCCGAACCCGAACUUGAACCAGAACCUCGCUACCGAGAUCACCCUUUGUCUUCUUCGCUCACGAGAGCUGGAGCACCUACGAAACCUGGCUCACAUCCCGACUCGGCCUUCAGCCGACUACGCCAGAAACGGAGGCAGAGUAGAAGUCCCGAGAGAGCCGCUAUCGCUGCUGGGGUUGGAGGAGAAGCCUACGCCUUGGCCGACACGUCGUCUUCCCGGCCCAACCCCCCGACUCACCGAGACUCGAUUGAACGUGCCUGGGGACACGAGGCGCAACCGAAUAGCAUCACUCCAGGCGCCGACAACUUUGGCGAGGCUGCUUCGGGUGGAAUUCCCGGGCUUGCUAUGAGCGUCGCAGAACGAAACGCUCGCGAAAGUGGUAUGGACGCCAUGAGAGGGCCGCAGCAGUACCAACAACAGCCGCCCUAUCCGCAAGCCUACCAGCGGCCACAACCUCAACAAACGGCCUACGACGACGACGACCAUGCCUACGGGUACGACCGUGGCUACGGCAUGACGCCGGGCUACGGCACCAGCGGGCAUAACCCUUACGAACACAGCUACGCCUCGUCGCCCCAUCUUGCUCCGCUGGGUGUUGGCGCCGCCUUGUCCCACUCGGGAAGAGGCACGCCGACGAGAAGCGUCAACAGCUACUCAAGCGACCCGUUUCGAGAUCCGCAUCUGGCAUACGGCCAGCGGAUGGACCCCAACUAUGGCCAAUUCAAUCCUAAUGAUAUUGAGGACGAUGGUGACGACGGCCUCGUAUUCCGACGUUCCGCUCGGAAUAGUAUGCUGAGUCUGGGUAAUCGAGGCGGUAACGGCGCCGCCGCCGCUGGGGCUGCGGGCACGGCGGCUGCUGCUGGUUACGACCCAGUCCAGAACCCGGGCGCUGGGGCCUCAGGCGUCGGGGCGGGCGGAUACGAUCUGGGUGCCCGAGCCGAGAAACCGUCGGAGUGGAUAUCAAAGCAGAACAACAACAGGAAGAAGUGGAAAUGGCUCAUCAUCAUCAUCGCAUUCCUCAUCAUUGCCGGCGGUAUAGCCGGGGGUGUCGUUGGCGGACUCCUACAUCACAGUUCGAGCGACAGCGACGAUGGGCAAUCAGCUAGUGACGACAAUAAGCAGAACGGCGACCUUGAUAUCAAUUCGUCGGAAAUCAAGGCCUUGAUGAACAACCCCAAUCUUCACAAAGUUUUCCCCGGUGUGGACUAUACUCCAAUCAACGUUCAGUACCCCGACUGUCUCGACAGUCCGCCGUCCCAGAAUAACGUCACUCGCGAUGUGGCCGUUCUUUCGCAACUGACCAACACGAUUCGACUCUACGGGACCGACUGCAACCAGACUGAGAUGACCAUCCACGCCCUGAAGCAGCUCAAGCUUGAAGACGAAAUCAAGAUCUGGCUCGGUGUGUGGCAAGAUACAAAUACCACCACUAACGAACGCCAGCUGAGUCGGAUGUGGACCAUUCUUGACCAGUACGGCACCACGCCCUUCAAGGGGUUGAUCGUGGGUAACGAAAUCCUCUUCCGUAAAGACAUGAAUGCAACCGAACUCGGCAAUCUCCUAGACUCAGUGAGAACGAAUCUCACCGCCCAUGAUUGGGCCCUUCCCGUCGCGACGAGUGAUCUCGGUGACAACUGGAAUUCCGAACUAGCGAGUAUCAGCGACUACAUCAUGGGCAACGUUCAUCCUUUUUUUGCUGGCGUUGACGAAAAGGAGGCCGCGGCUUGGACGUGGCAGUUCUGGCAGAACCAGGCGGGUACUUUCUUCAAGACGGAGAGCGAGAGGAAUGUGAUAUCAGAAAUUGGCUGGCCCACCAAGGGCGGCACGGACUGCGGUUCCGACACGGUGACUAGUUGUCCGGACGGCUCAGUGGCCGGUAUCGAUGGGUUAAACACGCUGUUGGAGACCUGGGUCUGUCAAGCUCUCGCGAACGGGACUAAUUACUUCUGGUUCGAGAUGUUCGACGAGCCCUGGAAAAUCAGCUUCGACGAGCCCGGCAAGGAAUGGGAAGACCAAUGGGGCAUCAUGGACGUCAACCGGAAGCUAAAAGACGGUGUCACGAUCCCCGAUUGCGGAGGCAAGACCGUCUAG